AUGUACCAGAUUGAGGGCUUUGCACCAAAGCUGAACCCAGAGGAGAUGAAACAGAAGAUAUGCAAGGAUGUUAUCUCCUCCUUAUGGAACUUCCUCAUCUAUGUGUCCCUGCAGCAAGUUACUCCAUUUAUCUUAAAGAAAUUGGAUAGCAUAUAA